AUGCUGGCGAUCCUUUCACCAUCGGCACAAUUUGCCCCUCGGCAUCGCGAUACGCAGGCGAGUACCGGACCUAGCUGCACACGAUCCGAUCUUAUGACCGGUUUCUUGAAAAAAUAUCUAUUAAGCAGUUCCUUGAAGGACGCAGUUAUAGUAUUGAUCAGACAUGAUCCCGAUGCUAAUCUUCUCCAAGUACGUCAGGGGCGUUCAAUCACACACUCUCUCCUUUACACUUUACGGAUGCGCGCCGCGGUCCUGUCAUUCCUUGCCUUUAAGGGCCAUAUCGAUACGUUUUAUGUCUUAUUCCCGUUAUUUUGCAACAGCUCGCUCCAUGGGUUGGUUCAUUUGUUAAAUUUAGUCGCUGAUAUCACCAGUAUUGCGGCAAUAAGAGCAUGGAUGCAAGGGUGGGAAGAUUGA